UUCGCAGACUGUAUAAGUGAACUAGUGCCAAAAUUAUGUGCCAAUUACAAAUUGUCCGUUGAUAACCGUAUACCAUCCGAGUCGUCCAAAAUGUUUUUCUCGCUAAACAAUAACCUCAAUCAGAAUACCAAUACGAAUUUCGGUAAUAUAAAUAACAAUAAUCAUAAUUUGAAUGGGAAUAAUCCCUUUCAUAAUGCGCUUCCGACGCCAUCCCCUUCAGCGUCGCCAAGUACGCCGGGUCCGCUACCGCCGUUGGGUGGCAAUAAUGGAAACAAUGGAUACCGGUUAUUGUCCGCCCAGGGAAUGGAAACUUUGCAAGCGUUUUUGAGGGAACACGGAAACGAUUGCAUCAAGCAAUUUGUUAAGAAACUGGAAGACAAAUUUCAGCAGCAAACUGCCUCCCCAACCAAGCUUGAACUCGAGCCAGCAAUCCAAGAAAUGCAGGCACGUGAACGUAGAGCGCAGAACAUUUUUAUCUUUGGAGUGGAAGAGUCAAACUCACCUGAGCCAGAACAGAAAUCAGCUUUUGAUUUAAAAAAAGCCACUAGCAUAAUACGUGACAUAAACGGCUUAACUGAACCCGCAAAAGUUAAAACAACUCGAAUUGGAAGGUACGAAGCAAAUAAGAAAAUACCUAUAAGAGCCACAUUCCCAACCAAGGAAGAAGCCCUGCAGGUGCUUAGACUGAAAAGUAAACUAAAAGAGCAAAGUAACACAUAUAUCAAGUAUGACCUCACUCCCAGUCAACGUACCUAUCUAAAAACAGUAAUCUCAGAGUUAGAAACCAGAAAAGUUGUAGGUGAGAUAGACUUAAUUAUAAAAUACCAAACUAAUAUUCCAAAGAUUGUGAAAGCUUCUACUAGGGCAGCUUCAAAAAACUAA